GUCAGCAGUGGCGGGGAGUGUAUUCAUCGUGAAGAGGAUUUGUUUAUCUUAAAAAUGUCCCUCUGUUGCUCCUCUUUUGCUUGUUGCAAUUAAUGAACAGGGACGAAAAGGCUUAAACAUGUGGAUUCUGACUCCUAAGCAGCCCGGAGGUGAGACGUUCUAUCUCCUCCCUGGUAAAGAAUACGUUGUUGGUCGGAAAAACUGUGACAUCCUUCUUGCCAGUGACCAGUCCAUCAGCAGGUCUCAUGCUCAGCUCACUGUGAUCGAUCUGACCCUGACACUGAAAGACACGUCCAAAUACGGCACCUUUGUCAACGGCCAGCAGCUGACGGCGCCUGUUGAGCUGUCGUCAGGGGACAACGUCGCCUUUGGUGUUUUUCACAGUAAGUUCAGUGUGGUGUUCCUGGAGAAACCGGUGGUGUGCUCGUCAUGUUUGGACGUCGCUGGGAAGACGUCGCUCUCUCAGGCCCUUUCAGCUCUGGGUGGGAAGCUGGUGAGCAGCUGGACUCCGGACUGCACCCAUCUGGCCAUGCCAACUGUCAAAGUCACCAUAAAGACGAUCUCUGCUCUGCUGUGUGGUCGUCCCAUUGUGAAGCCCGAGUAUUUCUCAGAUCUCAGCAGAGCUGUGCAGCAGAAAUCAGCUCCUCCCAAACCAGAGAGUUUUGUCCCUGAAAUCGAUGAGCCCAGUUUGAGUAAAGAGGAUGUUAAGCUUGCAACCACACCGGCUCGGAAACGGCUUUUUACUGGAAAGACCUUCGUUUUCCUCACAUCCAAACAGCUGAAGCGGCUCGGCGCUGCGGUGAAUUUUGGCGGAGGCAGCAGUCGGCUGCUGGAGGAGGGCUCCCUCCCCCGCGACCUGCUGGAGUCUCCUCACAGCUGCGUGGUUGAGGUUACCACUGGCAGCUCCCAAACUCUGCUCCCUCCUUCAGCCACAGAGUGGGCAAAUGCUGUGAAGAACAUCACCCACAGGAAAGGUCUUCGAGUCAUCACAGAGUCGGAGAUUGGUCUGGCUGCCAUCUACGCGUCUUGUGACAAGUACUGCAAUCCGUCCUGCCUGAUCAUAGACUCAGAUCCUGUACAAAAAGUAAAACCCAGAAUUCCCAGUGCGUCGCUGUCACAGAGCGUGACAGUGGAUGAAACUGUGCUACCCGCAGCAUCUCAGAACAUCACCGCUUACGCUGUCAACACGGAGACGUCACAAAGGAUGGAGGCUUGUCAUAUGACUGGACUUGCAGUCGUCGGGGAAACUCCUGAGCAGAAGCAGAAAGCAGCUCAGUUACCCAGAUCAAUAGCAACCGUUCAGAAAUCAACCAGCGAGUUGAUAGUGAAGGACACGAUGAGCUCGUCUUUCAGCGCGGCCGACAACUCAGACUCACAGAGGAGGAAACCUGACCCCAAACCAAAAGUUCCAGGUUUUGGGAACACCAACUCUAGACCCCCGCCGGCUGCUCCUAAGACCAAUGGAAGCAGCAGGACCUUCCUUCACACACAAUCCUCUCAGAAACAGAAAACGUCUCCACAAACCUCCCCGCAGAAACAGUCGACUUUGACCAACUUCUUUCAGCCUGUCAACAAGAAACGACCUAUAGAGGAAGAAUCCUCAGAUGUCAUGUCGGCACCGAAGCGGCCGGCUCCCGAGUCAUCCGUCUCGUCGAAGAAUACAAACUCACUUAGAGUUUCUAAAAAAAUGCCGUCACUUCCCCUCGAGGGACCUUCUGCUGUGUCCGAGACGCCUCUUGAAUCCGCGAGCGAUUUGUUCUCUGGACGGGCAGAACAUCUCGAGGAGGAACCGCGGAGCAGAAAGAGGAAGGAGAUGGAGGAGGAGGUGAUAAAGCUGGAGGAACUGGAGUCCAUUAUGUCCGAGGACAUGGACUACCUGGACGAUGAAUCCCCAAGUGGUCACGGCCAGAAAGAGAAAGUAGCGGUGCGCCGCGGUUUGGCCAAGCAGAUGCAGAGUUCACACACUCUGGAGUCUUCAGCUAAGAAGCAGCGCGUCCACCAAGAGCAAACGGCAGGAGCAGGUCAGAGGCCUGGCUUGGGUCUGGAUAAGGAACGUUCCCAACAGAACCUCGGGGAACAAUCUGACCGGCACGAUGUCUCCAAUAAGACAGACAACAACAUUUCACCUAAUCACGACUCUAGUAGACCCCCUAAAACACCUGUUGCCACUGCAACUGAAGAGAAAAAGGUUUUCGAAGAUGAUGAUGCAUCUUUUAUUGAGGAUGUAGAGCUACUUCAAGUAGAUAUUCCCCAGCCUGCAGAAGAGACCAAAGCUUCUGUCAAGCCUGUGCAGAUCAAGGAAGAAGUGAAAGAGUCAAAGAUCGACGAAGAUGUUCCCAAAAAGUUGCUGAUGGUGGAGUUUCGGUCUCUCACGGUUACUGCUCCUUCAAAACCCAAACCCAAACAGCCUCAGAACAACGGACACGCCAAGAACUUCAAAUGUUUCCGCAAGAAACACCUUCCUGGCGCGGAGGGCUUCCCGCACAUCAUCGGAGGAUCCGAUCUGCUGGUUCACAACAGGGGCACAAACUCAGAUCUGGAUGAAUGGCUGAAAGGCGCAGCUGAGGGGGAGCGUCAGAACAAGAGGGAAGAAAUGAUGGGAGAUGAUCUGUUCAGGUACAAUCCCACCAAACUGACCAAGAGAAGAUGAAAUGCCUCCAUCCUUGCACCUUCCAAUGGGGGGAGUUCCAAGUUUGUGAAAGUUUGUCUAAGAAGGACACUUGUAAAAAAAAAAUGUGUCCCAUGUUGUAGCUGUUUUCUGUUCUUCCUGCUUGUUUCAAAACGUCUCUAACGAUGUCACUGACAGCUAGCAAUGUAACAAAGCAGGCUCGCGUUCAGAGGUUUUUGUCAACAUUUUUAUUUGUUAAUAAUAAAAAAUAAUCAAUACAAAACAUUAAAAAUCCUUCAGUUGAGAGAUUCUACAUCCUGACAGCAGCUUCUUGUUAACUUUAAAGUCUGGUUCAGUUCCCGACUUGGGGAGAACCAGGGGCUUAUGAAACAAUUCAAGUGUUACUUUUUUCCUUUUUUCUUCAGCGAUCUCCAGCGAGCCAACCCUUCAGGCACUUUUCCAUUUCUGAAACAGCUCAGAUAAGAGGUUUUCUUGCCAACCAAACAUUGAUUGACUUUUCUGUACACUUGGCCUUUAUUUGGAGAGAAGGUGCUUUGUUAAAGUUAAAAAAUAGGCCAGCGUUUGGUAUGACGUGUACAGUAAAGCUUUUCCUUUCUCAGAUGGGCUACAGCAUGGCCAAGAGAGUUUGAAAAAUCGGCAUUCUUUGAAGUUAGAAAGAACUUACUUCAUGUAUUAUUUAAGGUUUUGCAGAUUCUCUUGUCAGAGUCCAUGCACAUCUGUGCUAAUAUAUCAAGUUCACGUAUUAACAGAAAAUAAUAAUAAUAAUAAAAAAAAAUCAUGCAAAAAGCAGCAUGUCUCGCCUGCAUUCUUAUAUUUUCAUAUCUGCCGGUCCCUGUGCGGCUACAUCCUCUUCCCACACCUUCUUCCCUCCGCUCACUUUCCUCAGCAGCUGCUGCAGGCAGUGGCUCAUGCCAGCAUACAUGCAUUCAAUAUUUUAUAUUAAAACACAAUGCAGAAAAGAAAGCAUUAGGUUAUAUAACUUAGCUGAAAAUAAUUAACACAACUAACAUUGGCGUUAGGCAACUGUCUUGGUUACAAAAAAAAAAAAAAAAA